AUGCGUUUUACUUUCGUUGUGGGCAGUGCCCUGACUAUGGCCUCUGUUGCCUUUUCCGCUGCUUGUGCGGCACCAGCAGCAGCACCGGUGACGGUGACAGUGACGGUAUCUGACGAAACUUCGACUGAUGUUCCGGCCAAGCUCGCUCAUGCGCAUUCUCAUGCCCAUGGACAUUCCCAUGUGCCCUCUUCCGAGGUCGCGCCUGUAGUCUACGCUACAGUGUGGUUUACGGAGUGGUCUACAGUGUACUCGACUACUUUUGCUACUGUGGCUGCCCCAUCUACAUUCUCCACCUUGGUUUCUUCUUCUACCUUCGCCACGGUGGAUGCUCCCUCUACCAUUUCUACGGUAGACUCCUCUACUUUGUCUACAGAGGCCCCUUCCGUUUCGACCUUGACUUCUAUCUCUGAUUUCACCUCUUUGUCUACAUCCACUUCCACCUCCACCGUUACCUCUACGUCCUCUUUAUCCACUUUAUCUACGUCUUCGUCUUCUACAUUCUCCACGGUGUAUUCAUCUGCGAUUUCUGCAUCCACGGCAUCUUCUUCGACUGUCUCUUCUUCGGCCGUUUCUCCUACGACCGUCGCUUCUUCGACGUCAUCAUCUGCGACAUCAUCAUCUGCGACCUCUUCAGCAGCUACAGCUUCAUCUACCGCAUCCCCAUCUACAUGUAUCUUACUGCCGCUUUACAUCUGGCCCACCGACAACACAACCUGGGGCCCUGUUUUCGAAGCCGCAUCUGACAACCCCGAUAUCAACUUCAAGGUCAUUGUUAACCCCGACAGUGGCCCAGGCGAUACCACCUACCCCGAGACGGAAUACAUCACAGCCAUUGCCCAAUUGAACAGCUACGACAAUGUCGUGGUUCUAGGAUACAUCCCGACAGAAUACGCCACCCGCGCGGUGUCCGAUGUCGAAACCGACAUCUCUACCUACAGCGGCUGGGCAGCCUACACAGAGAAGAACAUCACCAUCUCCGGCAUUUUCUUCGAUGAAGCACCAAGGACUGAUGACACGAGCCUAAUCUCGUACAUGACUGAAGUUGCGGACAAUGCCAGAUCGCACAGCAUGAACACCAUUGUCUUCAACCCAGGGACUAAGCUAGAAGAGGGUGCUGUAAAUGGAUACUUCGAUGCUGCGGAUUUGAUCGUGGAAUUUGAAAACUCCUACGAUACUUGGGUUGAUGCUGUCCCUGCUGAUGAAUUCUCUGCUGUAGCAGAUUAUUCCAAGGAUGCUAUCCUUUUGUACAGUGCGCCCACUGAUGCAAACUACGAGACUGUGAUUGCAGAGGCGAAGGAGAUGGGGUUGGGCGCUGCUUACCUGACUAACACUGACGACUACAAGUCUGCUGAUACCAUUCUUAAGGUCACAGCUGCUCUUGUUCAAGCUACUUCUUAG